GUUAGUCUGGGCCAACAGGAGACACUGCUGCACUGAUUUGCCUUCUCACAGAUUUGAUUUUAAGGAUAUCGAUCCUGUCUGGCAGGGGAAACCAGAGUGAAUCGAAUGUGAUUUAGUUUGAUCAAAGCAUUCUCAAUAUUCAUUUUGCAAAGAAGCACAGACUCGCGCAACGUAUAAAAUGGUAGCGGGCAAAAAGGUGACAAAAGAAAGCAUUCUUCCAUCAGUGUGCGAAGAUGAAGGAGAUGAAGGUGGACCAGAAGAAGAUUUGGGAGCAAUCGCGAGCAGGCCGGUCAGCAGACCCAGGAGUCUCUACAGCAGAGGAAGUGUGGAUGGCCAAAGAGUAUCCUCUGCGUUGUUCUCAGAGAGUGUCUAGAUCACCCAGUCUGCAUCAGAGCACAAGAACGGCCCAUCAGGAUGAAGAUCAUACGAAUGAAGAAGACGAGGUGGAUGAAGGUGGAGGUAUCCGUCCAGGUGAUGGACAGCAGCAGGAGGAAGAGUGUGUCAUCGGUGACGUAGAUUUUGACACAGACCUGGAACUCGACAGAUUUCACAAUGAAAGACGAGCAUAUGACCCCACAGGACAGUCAAGCUACAGAGAGGCUUGUAAGAUGCUGAAUGUAAUUCCAGUGUCCUGCUUCCUCCGAAAUAUGAACCAGAGUGAACUCAACAUGAUGCAUUAUGGGCUGGGCUCACAGGGUACCAAAGCUCUGGCCAUUUCCUUAGUAACCAACACCUCUGUCCUGAAGCUCAAUCUGCGAGAUAAUUGGAUGGAGGGAAUAGGCGGGGCUGCCAUUGCUGAUAUGCUCAAAGAGAAUUGCUACAUCACAGAAAUUGAUUUGUCUGAAAACCGGAUGGGUGAAUAUGGAGCCAGGGCUCUGUCCAGCAUGCUGUUGGAAAACUCUACCCUUUUCUCUCUCAACCUCUCCGGGAACCAUCUGGACGAGCGAGCGGCCAGACACCUGUCCCCAGCUCUGAUCAGCAACCAGAAACUUCAGCACCUAGACCUGAGUCACAACAGAUUCGGAGAUAUAGCAGGGGAAAUUCUGGGUGCUGCUACUGCCGAGAACACGGGAAUGAAGUCACUCAAUCUGGCUUGGAACUGCAUUCGAGGAAAAGGAGCCAUUGCAAUUGCUAAAGGCCUGGAGGGAAAUAUCUUCUUGCGGACCCUGGAUUUGUCAUACAAUGGCCUGGGCAAGGAAGGAUCUGUGGCUCUAGAAGAAGCACUCAAACACAACAAUACACUGGAAGAUCUGAACAUCAGCAAUAAUCGCAUCCCGCUCGAAGGAGCCAUCCAUUUUGCGUUGGGCCUCAAAGCGAACACGACUCUGCGAAUUCUCAAAAUGUCUAGGAACCCGAUGCAGUCAGCGGGAUGCUACGCCAUUUUAAAAUCAGUUCAAGCGAACCCAGAGAGUGCAGUAGAGUUCUUAGACUUCUCUGAUAUUUGCGUGGACCAGGAAUUUGAAGACUUAUUCGAAAGCGCUAAAGAAACACUCCCAAACCUCCAGGUGAAACAUGGUGGAAAAAUUAACGCAGCGCUUAAAAAGAGCUGAGCUUUAUUCAGAAACCCAUUCUGGACAAUCCGAUUGUAAUCGUGUAGGCUUGUAGAACCGCAAACGCAUUUCUGAACUCGCAUAAAACCGAGACUUUAAACUGAUUUGAAUCUCACUCCACACUCCUCCACAUGGCAAAUUGGAUCAAGUCAUGGUUGAUGGAUCAUGGUUUCCGGCGUUAAGGGAACAACGGUUCGGGAAGAAUAAAGUUUCGAAAAAGAUUUGAUGACAUUAGUGACCAUAGACUUUAAAAUGUUACGUGUGGAGCAAGCAGAAUUGAUCUAAUUACUAUACACUACCGUUGAAAAGUUAACGUUUUCAAAAUAAGUCUGUAAUGCAUUAUUUGAUCACCAAUUCAGUAAAUAUUAUGAAAUAUUAUAAUUCACAAAAACUGUUUUCUAUUCGAGAAUAGUAUAAAAUGUGAAUUAUUCAUGUGAAAUAAGAGUUUUCAGCAUCAUUACACCAGUCUUCAGCGCCACAUGAUCCUUCAGAAUAUUUUUUAAAAGCAUUAUUAAAAAAAUUAUGAUCGAUGUUGAAAAGAGUUGUGCAGCUUCUUCUUUGUGUGGAAACCAUGGCAUACAUUUGAUAAAGUUCAAAUGAACAGCUUUUAAUUGAAAUAGAAAGCUACUAAAGUAUUAAAUGAGUAGUUGACAAAUAAAAAAUGGACUGU